UCUAAAUACUAGUUCCAGCAGAAACGACGCUAACGUGCGCCUCUGACUCUCCUCGACAAAUUCCAUUAACGCCACCGUUUUCACUGCUUUUUCGUUCCCUCAGGUGUGCUUUAUUCCAAAUCUCUCUAUCUUUAUAUCCCUUCUUCAGGCCUCAUUAGUUAUUUUUCAAAACCCUAGAUUUUUUUUCCUUUUUCGAAAUCUUAUUCCCUUAUUGGAUUCCGUGCAGUAGAGGGAGAGUAGGACCAAGGCAUUGACGUCCUUGUCUAUAACUCAAUAAUUGGGAGACACUCUUAUCAAUUUUAUCUGUAAAUAGAAAUUUUUUGGUGAAUAUUUAAGGAUUUCAUGAGGCUUGGAAAUUUCGGUUGUUUUGUGGCUUUAGUUGCCUGAACGUAGGAAUCGUUUUAUUUGAAAUUAUGAGCUUCGGAUUUUUUAUUAUUGAAAGAUGGGAUGCGAUGAUUGUUCAAACUCCAAGGCAGGUCAACAACUGCAAUUUGAUUUGGGGAAUGAUGCUGAGCUAGGGUUAGAAAAGGUUUCAUUACCAAAUCCGUUGAAACUUAGGAAAAAGAAAAUGGAUGGUGAUGGGGGCUCUAAGAAAAGACUAAAGGUCACAGAGGCACAAGUUGGUGCUGAUUCAGAUGAUAAUGAGCCCAUUUUGUCUUUAUUGAAUUUAAGAAAACCUAAGAAUCCUAAGAAGGAUAAGGCUGGAUUUAAAGGCAGUGGAAGGAAGUGCCAGAAGCGUGAAGUUAAGGCCGGUAAAACUGUGGGCAAGGAUGAGGAGGAUUUGGGGGGAAUGAAUGAUACAUUGGCGAGCUUCAGAAAGAAGUUAAAGGAUCCUAAGAAAGAUAUUGAUCCGGGAGCAGUGAGGGUAAGGAGUUGUUCUUUGAAUGAGUCCGUCGAGGCUGAUGGAGUUUUGGAUGGGAAAUCUGUAUCAAAGACUGGUGUGGUAGAUCUGGGUACUGGUGAGGACAAGUCUGAUGUGGCCACUGAUAAAGGUGGCGAAAGAAAGCGUACAGGGAAAGUAAGGAGAUCCAAGAUUGAUUCAAAAGAAAAAAAAUCCAUUGAGGUUGAUGAUGAAUCCAGAACUAAGCACAAGGAAGAUAAGAAUGAGGAAGGCUUGUGGUCCGGAGUUGGCUCGAUUCAGUAUUUGGAUGAGAAGUUGAAAGAACAAUUGGCAGAGGUUUCACACGAGGCACAAUCUGGUACAGUAAGAAAGUCUCGCCCAAAUUUGAGUUUGAAACAGAAUCGCAAGGCUUCCUAUCAUGCUUCUGUUUCUAAGAAUCCUAGCAGAAAUUAUGGUGAUAAUUCUCAUUCAGUUUCUAGUUCAAGUUUCUCACAUUCAUCCUCCAAAGAAUGCAACACGGUUGAGAAUCAAAGAUUUGACCAUAGUGUGUGUCAACAAGAGAGCAUUUUGGAACCAGGUGACUUAAAUGUUCAAAAGGGUCCUACAGAGGAUCAAUGUAUGUCACCUAAAGUUUGUGACAAGGGCGGAUAUUGGCAUUCCAACAUUGAGCUCGGGGACAAUUGUCCAGCAGUUGACCAGAGUAAACCAGAUCUUAAUGGUUCACAACAAACUCUACAUGCUUUGUCUCUGUCUGUUGUUGAUUCACUGAAGAUGGAAGAGACUUGCAGAGUCGUUCCAAAUACUUGCACUGAGGACAACUCUUUAGAAACCUGUGUUCAUCCAAAUCAACUUGUGGCCUCCAUUCAGAGGUGCAACUCUGGUUCGCAUCAACCAUCUGAGGAUGCAUGCCAUGUGGCCAAUGUUGAUUCUCCCACAUCAACACCUGAUGAAAAUGAAAGUUGUCAUGAAGAUGCAGUCUCUCUUCCUAGUUCUGAUAUCAAAGACAGUAAGUCAUUGAUCAUCCAGCGAGGUGGGCACAAUAUUAAAAAGCGUAGACAAGGUGAUAUGGCUUAUGAAGGGGAUGCUGAUUGGGAGAAUUUGCUAAAUGAGCAAGGUUUUUUUGCAAAUCAACAGUUUGCAGACAGUGACCGUUCCGUCAGAGCAAGAGAGAAGUUUCAUGAAGCAGCAAUAUCAUCUGGACUGAAAGCUCGUGCCGUGGGACCUGUUGAGAAGAUCAAAUUUAAGGAGGUCUUGAAGUGUAGAGGUGGGCUGCAGGAAUAUUUGGAAUUCAGGAAUCAUAUCUUAGGUCUUUGGAGUAAAGAUGUUAACCGCAUUUUGCCUCUUGUUGACUGCGGUGUUAGUGACACUCCAUCAGAAGGUGAAUCACCCCGAGCUUCCCUACUUAGGGAAAUAUAUGCAUUUCUUGAUCAGGGUGGUUACAUAAACUUUGGAAUUGCUUCAAAGAAAGAGAAGACGGGCCAUGGUGUUAAGGCCAAUUACAACCUUCUCGAGGAAAGAAAAGAUGAUGGUAAUUCUUUGGCCUGUAAUGCUGAUUCAGAGGAUGGUGUUGCCUUUAUCCUUGGUCAGGUCAAGAAUUCUGAAGCUUCUAUUGAGACAAAGAAUGGUGUUAUGGUUUAUGAUCAAAACCAAACAUCUGUAGCCAUAAUAACACCAGAAUUACCUUAUGUAAAAGAACAAGAAGAAUGGCCAAGUGAUAGUUCCCAGCAAAAUGGAAGCAUCAGUGCAAAACUAAAUCCUGGAUUGAUUAGUUCAGAGGCUCCAAGUGCUGCUCAAUCUUGUGAUGCAAUUGACAUGGGAAUAGCCCCUAUAGUAACUUCAGAAGGACGGAAUGACUCACAGUAUUUUCAGCCUGCAACUUAUGAUAACUCCGAUGGGAAUCAUCACCUGCAGGGUGAUUUAGAGGCCAGAAAGAAUGUCAUAGUUGUUGGAGCUGGUCCUGCUGGAUUGACUGCUGCACGCCACUUAAAACGUCAGGGAUUUUCUGUAGUUGUACUUGAGGCUAGGGAUAGAAUCGGAGGUCGUGUUUAUACUGAUCGCUCCUCUCUUUCAGUACCUGUGGAUCUUGGGGCUAGCAUUAUUACUGGAGUUGAGGCUGAUGUAUCAACUAAUAGAAGACCGGAUCCUUCCUCAUUGAUUUGUGCACAGUUGGGGUUAGAGUUGACUGUGUUGAAUAGUUCCUGUCCUCUUUAUGACAUUGUGUCUGGUGAAAAGGUUCCUGCUGAUCUGGAUGAUGCUCUGGAAGCAGAAUACAAUAGUCUUCUUGACGACAUGGUGUUUCUUGUUGGUCAAAAAGGUCAAAAAGCAAUGACCAUGUCUCUUGAGGAUGGUUUAGAAUAUGCCCUAAAAAGGCAUCGAAUGGAAGAAAUAGGAGCAGAGAUUGAAGAAAAAGAAUCACAUUCUUCAGUCGAUGCUUUCUAUGAUUCCAAAGCAAGCAAUGUCUCCGGAAAUUUUUUUGAAAGAAAAUGUUCUGAGCAGGAGCUUUUGAGUCCCCUUGAGAGAAGGGUUAUGAAUUGGCACUAUGCCCACUUGGAGUAUGGCUGUGCCACUUCGCUUAAGGAAGUGUCUCUUCCCAAUUGGAAUCAAGAUGAUGUUUAUGGUGGAUUUGGAGGAGCCCAUUGUAUGAUUAAAGGGGGUUAUAGUAAGGUGGUUGAGUCUCUUGGCGAAGGACUUCUAGUCAACUUGAACCAUGUAGUCACAAAUAUUUCUUACAGCCCAAAGGACCCUGGGCUGGAUAAUAGUCAUCAUGGGCAGGUCAAAGUUUCCACAUCAAAUGGUAGUGAGUUUUCAGGGAAUGCUGUGCUCAUCACCGUGCCACUUGGUUGCCUGAAAGCAGGGGCCAUAAAAUUUUCUCCUCCACUGCCCCAAUGGAAACAAUCAUCCAUACAGCGGCUUGGUUUUGGAGUGCUUAAUAAAGUUGUUUUGGAAUUCCCAGAAGUGUUUUGGGAUGAUUCUGUGGAUUACUUUGGAGUGACUGCUGAGGAAACAGAUAGUAGAGGCCAUUGCUUUAUGUUUUGGAAUGUCCGGAAAACUGUUGGGGCUCCUGUUCUGAUAGCCUUAGUGGCUGGUAAGGCAGCUAUUGAUGGUCAAAGUGUGAGCUCAUCUGAUCAUGUUAACCAUGCUGUAAUUAUUCUCCGUAAACUUUUUGGAGAAGCUUCAGUUCCUGAUCCUGUUGCCUCAGUUGUGACUGACUGGGGCAGGGAUCCUUUCAGCUAUGGUGCUUACUCCUAUGUUGCCAUUGGAGCAUCUGGAGAGGACUAUGACAUGUUGGGUAGGCCUGUUGAGAACUGCUUGUUUUUUGCUGGAGAAGCUACCUGCAAGGAGCAUCCUGACACUGUUGGUGGUGCAAUGUUGAGUGGACUUCGGGAAGCCGUGCGAUUAAUUGACAUAUUUACCACUGGAAAUGAUUAUACAGCUGAAGUAGAGGCAAUGGAGGCUGCACUGAGACAAUCAGAAUCAGGAAGGGAUGAAGUUAGGGACAUAAUUAAGAGACUCGAAGCAGUUGAACUUUCUAAUAUCUUGUACAAGAACUCUUUGGAUCGAGCCCGGGUUUUGAGCAGGGAAGCCUUACUACAGGACAUGUUCUUUAAUGUGAAAACCACUGCAGGACGAUUGCAUCUGGCCAAAAGGUUGUUGGGUCUCCCAGUUGAAUCCUUGAAAUCCUUUGCUGGGACAAAGGAAGGGCUUACCACACUGAACUCAUGGAUGCUGGAUUCAAUGGGGAAAGAUGGGACUCAAUUGUUGCGCCAUUGUGUUCGUCUUCUUGUUCUUGUUUCAACUGAUCUACUCGCAGUUCGUUUAUCAGGCAUAGGGAAAACCGUGAAGGAAAAAAUUUGUGUGCAUACAAGUCGUGACAUACGCGCUAUAGCAAGCCAGCUGGUUAAUGUUUGGCUUGAAGUCUUCCGUAAGGCAAAAGCUUCUUCAAAGAGAAAAUCCCUUAAAGAUCCAGCUUCAGGAAAGCCACCUCUACACUCACGACAUGGUGCUUCAGAAAACAAAGCAAUCUUGCAGGAUACUUUUUCUGCUGGAAACCAGUAUCCUUUCGCCUUCGGUGUGAAAGAAAAUGACAAAUCAGUUGAUAUGGAGGUGGAAGCUGUCAAUCGAGGGAUGUCAGAGGAAGAGCAGGCUGCCUUUGCCGCUGAAGCAGCUGCCCGAGCUGCAGCAAAAGCAGCUGCAGAGGCACUUGCAUCCACAGAAGCCAACUGCAACAAAUUGCUGCAGCUUCCAAAGAUUCCAUCUUUUCACAAAUUUGCCAGAAGGGAGCAAUACGCACAAAUGGAUGAAGGGAAAUGGCCUGGUGGUGUUUUAGGAAGACAAGAUUGUAUAUCAGAAAUAGACUCUCGGAACUGCAGAGUUAGAGACUGGUCUGUUGAUUUCUCUGCUGCUUGUGUUAACCUUGACAGUUCUGGAAUGUCAGCAGAUAACCUGUCUCAGAAGAGUGACUUGAAACUUAGGGAGCACUCUGGAGAAAGUUUGGCUGUGGACAGCAGUAUCUUCACAAAAGCAUGGGUUGAUAGUGCUGGUAGUGGUGGGAUUAAGGAUUAUCAUGCCAUUGAGAGAUGGCAGUCUCAGGCAGCUGCAGCUGAUCCGGAUUUCUUCCAUCCUACAAAUUUCAAGGAUGAGGAAGAUUCAAAUACUAGUUCAAGACAACCAACCUGGAAGCACGACGGACGAGCUAAUGAGAGCUCCGUCUCCCAAGUAUCUGUAAACAAGGAACGAUUUGAUAAUCAUCCCCGUGGAGCUGAUCGUAUUAAACAAGCUGUUGUUGAUUAUGUUGCGUCAUUGCUAAUGCCCCUUUAUAAGGCAAGAAAAAUUGAUAAGGAGGGGUACAAAUCGAUAAUGAAGAAAACUGCAACAAAGGUAAUGGAGCAGGCAACAGAUGCAGAAAAAAACAUGGCUGUUCCUGAAUUUCUUGAUUUCAAGCGCAAAAAUAAGAUUCGUCCCUUUGUAGACAAAUUGAUUGAGAGGCACAUGGCAACGAAGCACACCAUGAAACCAUGAUGGUGUUAAGGAUUGACUGGUUAUGCUUUAUUGGCUUUCUCUAUAAGACCUAAAAUGCCUCUCUCUGCUCGAGUUCACAGCCUUAAAAUAUGUGAUGCUGGAAAAGAGUUAUACAAUCUGCAGUUCAUUACCUAGAAGGUGUUCAUGGAACAAAAGAACAUGGUUCACUGCUUUAUAAUCUGGAUUGACCCUCAAAGCGAAUCAGAAGCUGCUUAAGUUGAAGCAUUAUUGCAAAGUUUAUCGGAACAGCACUGAAAUAUGGUAGAAGCUUUUGGAUCUUAAAUUGCUUUCAUCAUCAUAAAUGAGAUCAAUGGAAGUGUCGUGGCUUCUCUUCUAUUUUGUGGGCAAGUGAGUGGCGUUGAAGAUGAUAUCAAGAUCCUUGUAUUAUUGGCACAAAGGGAUACUUGAAAGGGUGGUAGUCGAGAUCCAAAAUUUUAUUCUCGGAUUCCCACAGAUGAGACAUUACUUGUCCUUUCUUGUUUUUGAUUUGUACAGCUUAGUAUUCUUUUAGCGAUGACAAGCAUACAGAGAUUGUCUAUCUGGAAAUACCGCAACAUUAUCCUGAUUUUUUUUUAAUUGAGCAUCAAUUGCUAACUU